GAAAAAUAUCUCAAGAUUAUCUCCAGAUUCUAAGUAUCUUAAAUCUAUAAUAUAUGUAACCCAACAUAGUCAUAUAGUGUCAUAUAUGCAAGUAAGUUGGACGAGACGAGAGUGCUUCCAGUAUCACUUGAAGACGGAGAGACGGACAUGGAAGGAAAUGGCCUCGUCAGGCGCUUUUUGUUUUUCAUCUCAACCGUUAUCCUCCUCGUCCUAUUGACGUUGCUCAGCCUCCCCACCCCGCCGUCCGGCGACAAGGCCGCCGUUCUCGACUCCUCCAAGAACCGCUUCCAUCUCUACAAACCCAAACUCCUCCGCAAACCCGCCCCCCGCCACCACUCAGUCGCCGUCCCCCUCCACCCUCUCGACCCCCUCACCGUCGCGGAGUUCAACAAGGUCCGCUCCCUCCUCGCCUCUCACCCGCUAUUCCGAUCCUCCUCCACCUUCGCGCUCCACUCGGUGGCGCUCGACGAGCCGGAGAAGCAGCUUGUCGUCCGGUGGCGAAAGGGCAACCCUCUUCCACCCAGAAAGGCCGUCGUCGUGGCACGUGUCAACGACGUCUCGCACGUGCUGACCGUGGACAUUGAGACAGGAGAAGUGAACCAGGUCGAGACGGGUCCGAUCUCGGGCUACCCGAUGAUGACCAUGGAGGACAUGACGUCGGCCGGCUCGGCUCCCCUGGCGAACGCCGAUUUCAACCGUUCGAUCACUGAGCGGGGGGUCGAUCUGACGGACCUGACUUGUUUGCCGAUUUCGACGGGAUGGUACGGCAAGAGUGAAGAGAACCGGAGAGUGAUUAAGAUACAGUGCUACUCCAUGAAAGGCACUGCAAAUUUUUACAUGAGGCCAAUCGAAGGCCUCACCGUGCUUCUUGAUUUGGACACUAAGAAAGUUCUGGAAAUCACUGAUAAGGGGAGGAACAUACCGAUCCCCAAGGCCGCUAACACAGACUAUAGAUUCUCUACUUUGAAUAGCCAGCAGCAGAUGAAGCUUGUAAACCCGAUAUCCAUAGAGCAACCCAAGGGCCCGAGCUUUACUAUUGAAGAUGAUCAUCAGGUCAAGUGGGCCAACUGGGAGUUCCACUUGAAAGCCGACCCGAGAGCUGGGGUUAUUAUUUCUCGGGCGACGGUUCGGGACCCGGAAACCGGGGAGCUGAGGAGUGUGAUGUACAAGGGGUUUACGUCGGAGCUGUUCGUGCCGUAUAUGGACCCGACGGACGCGUGGUACUUCAAGACGUAUAUGGAUGCGGGCGAAUACGGGUUCGGGCUUCAGGCGAUGCCGCUUGACCCGCUUAACGAUUGCCCGAGGAACGCCUAUUACAUGGACGGCGUGUUUUCGGCCGCCGAUGGGAGGCCGUACGUCCGGUCAAACAUGAUUUGCGUGUUUGAGAGGUAUGCUGGUGACAUCGGGUGGCGCCAUUCAGAGAGUCCGAUCACCGGAAUGGAUGUUAGGGAGGUGAGGCCGAAAGUGACGUUGGUGGUGAGAAUGGCAGCUUCCGUCGCUAACUACGACUAUAUCGUCGAUUGGGAGUUCCAGACAGAUGGCCUAAUCAGAGUCAAGGUGGGACUCAGCGGCAUCUUGAUGGUGAAGGGUUCCUCGUACGACAACAUGAACCAAGUGAACCAACAAGAAGACCUCUACGGCACCCUCAUAUCGGAGAACGUGAUCGGCGUCAUCCACGACCACUACGUCACCUUCUACCUCGACAUGGACGUCGACGGCUCCGACAACUCCUUCGUCAAGGUCAACCUCCAGAAAACCUUCACUUCCCCCGGCGAGUCGCCCCGCCGGAGCUUCCUCAAAGCCGUCAGGAAUGUGGCCAAGACGGAGAAAGACGCGCAGGUCAAGCUCAAGCUCUACGACCCCUCCGAGUUCCACGUCAUCAACCCUUCCAAGCUGACCCGCGUCGGCAACCCGGUCGGGUACAAGGUGGUCCCCGCCGGCACGGCGGCGAGCCUCCUCGAUCUGGACGACCCGCCCCAGAAGCGAGGCGCCUUCACCAACAACCAGAUAUGGGUCACGCCGUAUAACCAAUCGGAACAGUGGGCCGGAGGCUUGUUUGUGUAUCAGAGCCAAGGGAAAGACACUCUGGCUGUUUGGUCGGAAAGGGAUCGGGAGAUCGAGAACAAGGACAUAGUGAUGUGGUACACAUUAGGAUUCCAUCACGUACCGUGCCAAGAGGACUUCCCAAUUAUGCCAACUGUAUCCUCGAGCUUCGAUCUGAAACCCGUCAACUUCUUCGAGAGAAACCCGAUUCUGAGGAUCCCGCCAAACACUGAUAAAGACUUGCCAAAUUGCGAAGCUGCCGCUGCUUCAGCCUGAGGAGGAGGAUAUAUCACAUAUAAUAUUAUUAUUAAAAUUAAGGAUCGAUGUGCAUAAAUAUAAUAAUUAUAGAUAUGUGUUUUGUCAUUUAGAAGAUCGGGACGCAUGCCGGCCGGGUACUGCAUCUAUGUAAUUGUUGUACCCAAUCUCGGAAUCUCUCAUAAUAAAUGAUUCGGAAUACUAAUUUGCAUGGGGAUUCGGUAUUUUA